CCGCGCCCCCGGUGCUGAACCAAGAUGGCCGGCGGCGGAGGCCGGGCCCCGGCGUGAGCUGAGCGCCGGCGGCAGCCCUGGCCAUGCACCAGCCCGGUGGCCUCUGAGCCCGACCUGACGGUGCCGGUCCUCCGGCGACCCCGGAGACAUGUCUCUACUUUGCGUUGGAGUCAAAAAAGCCAAGUUUGAUGGUGCCCAAGAGAAAUUCAACACAUAUGUGACCCUGAAGGUGCAGAAUGUCAAGAGCACGACCAUCGCUGUGCGGGGCAGCCAGCCCAGCUGGGAACAGGAUUUCAUGUUCGAGAUUAACCGCCUAGAUUUAGGGCUGACAGUGGAGGUGUGGAACAAGGGUCUCAUCUGGGACACGAUGGUGGGCACCGUGUGGAUCCCCCUGCGGACCAUCCGCCAGUCUAAUGAAGAGGGCCCUGGAGAAUGGCUGACUCUGGACUCCCAGGUCAUCAUGGCGGACAGUGAAAUCUGUGGCACCAAGGACCCCACCUUCCACCGCAUCCUCCUUGACACCCGCUUUGAGCUGCCCUUAGACAUUCCUGAGGAGGAGGCCCGUUACUGGGCCAAGAAGCUGGAGCAGCUAAACGCCAUGCGGGACCAGGAUGAUUAUUCGUUCCAAGAUGAACAAGACAAGCCUCUCCCCGUCCCCAGCAACCAGUGUUGCAACUGGAAUUAUUUUGGCUGGGGUGAGCAGCAGAAUGAUGACCCUGACAGUGCAGUGGAUGAUCGUGACAGUGACUAUCGCAGCGAGACAAGCAACAGCAUCCCCCCACCUUAUUACACUACAUCCCAGCCCAAUGCUUCAGUCCACCAGUAUUCUGUUCGUCCACCACCCUUGGGUUCCCGGGAAUCCUACAGUGACUCCAUGCACAGUUAUGAGGAGUUCUCCGAGCCACAGGCCCUCAGCCCCACAGGCAGCAGCCGUUAUGCCUCCUCAGGGGAGCUGAGCCAGGGCAGCUCACAGCUGAGCGAGGACUUUGACCCAGAUGAGCAGAGCCUGCAGGGCUCCGAGUUGGAGGACGAGCGGGACCGGGACUCCUACCACUCCUGCCACAGCUCAGUCAGCUACCACAAGGACUCUCCGCACUGGGACCAGGAUGAGGAUGAGUUGGACGAGGAGCUAGAUGAGGAGCUGGAUGAGGACCUGGAUGAGGACCUGGAGGACUUCCUGGAGGAGGAGGAGGAGCUGCCUGAGGAUGAAGAAGAGCUGGAAGAGGAAGAGGAGGUGCCUGAUGACAUCCGUGCCUAUGCUGAGCACCAGGAGGCGGCCGUCGCUGAGCCCAAGGACUUCAAGCGUGUCAGUCUUUUGCCAGCCGCCCCAGAGAAGGAGGACAAGGCCCCGGCCUUGCCCACUGAGGCCCCUGCUGUGGCCAAAGUGGCUCCUGAGCCAGCUGUGCCUGAGGAGGUGCCUACAGCUGAGCCCCCCAAAGCUGAGGAAAGUUUCAGGCCGCAAGAAGAUGAGGAAGGCCAGGAGGGUCAGGACUCCAUGUCGAGGGCUAAGGCCAACUGGCUGCGAGCCUUCAACAAAGUGCGGCUGCAGCUGCAGGAGGCCCGGGGAGAAGGAGAGAUGUCCAAAUCCCUGUGGUUCAAAGGCGGCCCAGGGGGUGGUCUCAUCAUCAUUGACAGCAUGCCUGACAUUCGUAAGAGGAAGCCCAUCCCACUCGUGAGUGACCUGGCCAUGUCCCUGGUCCAGUCCAGAAAAGCGGGCAUCACAUCGGCCUUGGCCUCCAGCACUUUGAACAACGAGGAGCUGAAAAACCACGUUUACAAGAAGACCCUGCAAGCCUUAAUUUACCCCAUUUCGUGCACGACACCGCACAACUUCGAGGUGUGGACGGCCACCACGCCCACCUACUGCUAUGAGUGCGAGGGACUUCUGUGGGGCAUCGCGCGGCAGGGCAUGCGCUGCAGAUGCGGUGUCAAGUGCCACGAGAAGUGCCAGGACCUGCUCAACGCCGACUGCCUGCAGCGGGCAGCGGAGAAGAGCUCCAAGCACGGGGCUGAGGACCGGACGCAGAACAUCAUCAUGGUGCUCAAGGACCGCAUGAAGAUCCGGGAGCGUAACAAGCCCGAGAUCUUCGAACUCAUCCAGGAGGUCUUUGCUGUGACCAAGGCCGCGCACACGCAGCAGAUGAAAGCAGUCAAGCAGAGCGUGCUGGAUGGCACGUCCAAAUGGUCGGCCAAGAUCAGCAUCACUGUGGUCUGUGCCCAGGGCUUGCAGGCAAAGGACAAGACGGGAUCCAGUGACCCCUAUGUCACUGUGCAGGUUGGGAAGACCAAGAAACGGACGAAAACCAUCUAUGGGAACCUGAACCCCGUGUGGGAGGAGAACUUUCAUUUUGAAUGUCACAACUCCUCAGAUCGAAUCAAGGUCCGUGUCUGGGACGAAGAUGAUGAUAUUAAAUCCCGAGUGAAGCAACGGUUCAAGAGGGAGUCUGACGACUUCCUGGGGCAGACGAUCAUCGAGGUGCGGACUAGUGGCGAGAUGGACGUGUGGUACAACCUGGACAAGCGGACUGACAAAUCUGCUGUGUCCGGUGCCAUCCGGCUACACAUCAGUGUGGAAAUCAAGGGUGAGGAGAAGGUGGCCCCCUACCAUGUCCAGUACACCUGUCUGCAUGAGAACCUGUUUCACUUCGUGACUGACAUGCAGAACAAUGGGGUUGUGAAGAUCCCGGAUGCCAAGGGUGAUGACGCCUGGAAAGUUUACUAUGAUGAGACAGCCCAGGAGAUUGUGGAUGAAUUUGCCAUGCGCUAUGGCGUCGAGUCCAUCUACCAAGCCAUGACCCACUUUGCCUGCCUCUCCUCCAAGUACAUGUGUCCUGGGGUACCUGCCGUCAUGAGCACCCUGCUUGCCAACAUCAAUGCCUAUUAUGCUCAUACCACCGCCUCUACCAACGUGUCUGCCUCCGACCGCUUUGCAGCCUCCAAUUUUGGGAAAGAGCGCUUUGUGAAGCUCCUGGACCAACUGCAUAACUCCCUACGGAUAGACCUCUCCAUGUAUCGGAAUAACUUCCCAGCCAGCAGCCCGGAGAGACUCCAGGACCUCAAAUCCACUGUGGACCUUCUUACCAGCAUCACCUUCUUUCGGAUGAAGGUGCAAGAGCUCCAGAGCCCGCCCCGAGCCAGCCAGGUGGUGAAGGAUUGUGUGAAAGCCUGCCUCAACUCUACUUACGAGUACAUCUUCAACAACUGUCAUGAACUCUACAGUCGGGAGUACCAGACAGACCCUGCCAAGAAGGGGGAAGUUCCCCCAGAGGAACAGGGCCCCAGCAUCAAGAACCUCGACUUCUGGUCAAAGCUGAUCACUCUCAUAGUGUCCAUCAUUGAGGAAGACAAGAAUUCCUACACUCCCUGCCUCAACCAGUUUCCCCAGGAGCUGAAUGUGGGUAAAAUCAGUGCUGAAGUGAUGUGGAACCUGUUUGCCCAGGAUAUGAAGUAUGCCAUGGAGGAGCAUGACAAGCAUCGCUUGUGCAAGAGUGCCGACUACAUGAACCUCCACUUCAAGGUCAAGUGGCUCUACAAUGAGUAUGUCGCAGAGCUUCCUGCUUUCAAGGACCGAGUGCCGGAGUACCCUGCGUGGUUUGCUUUCGUCAUCCAGUGGCUGGACGAGAAUGAGGAGGUGUCCCGAGAUUUCUUGCACGGGGCCCUGGAGCGAGACAAGAGGAUGGGGUUCCAGCAGACCUCAGAGCAUGCCCUGUUCUCUUGCUCCGUGGUGGACGUCUUCUCCCAGCUUAACCAGAGCUUUGAGAUUAUCAAGAAGCUUGAGUGCCCUGACCCCCAGAUUGUGGGGCACUACAUGAGGCGGUUUGCCAAGACCAUCAGUAAUGUGCUCCUUCAGUACGCGGACAUCAUCAUCAAGGACUUCGCCUCCUACUGCUCCAAGGAGAAGGAGAAAGUGCCCUGCAUUCUUAUGAACAACACUCAGCAGCUGCGAGUUCAGCUAGAGAAGAUGUUUGAAGCCAUGGGAGGCAAGGAGCUGGAUGCUGAGGCCAGUGACAUCUUAAAAGAGCUUCAGGUGAAACUUAACAACGUCUUGGAUGAACUCAGCCGGGUGUUUGCUACCAGCUUCCAGCCUCACAUUGAGGAGUGUGUCAAACAGAUGGGCGACAUACUUAGCCAGGUGAAGGGCACCGGCAAUGUGCCAGCCAGUGCCUGCAGCAGCGUGGCCCAGGAUGCUGACAAUGUGCUGCAGCCCAUCAUGGACCUGCUAGACAGCAACCUGACUCUCUUUGCCAAAAUCUGUGAGAAGACAGUGCUGAAGAGGGUACUGAAGGAGCUGUGGAAGCUGGUCAUGAACACCAUGGAGAAGACCAUCGUCCUGCCACCCCUCACCGACCAGACGAUGAUCGGCACCCUCUUGAGAAAACAUGGCAAGGGAUUAGAAAAGGGCAGGGCGAAACUGCCAAGCCACUCAGAUGGAACUCAGAUGAUCUUCAAUGCAGCCAAGGAGCUGGGUCAGCUGUCUAAACUCAAGGACCACAUGGUACGAGAGGAAGCCAAGAGUUUGACCCCAAAGCAGUGUGCAGUCGUUGAGCUGGCCCUGGACACCAUCAAGCAAUACUUCCACGCGGGCGGUGUGGGCCUCAAGAAGACCUUCUUGGAGAAGAGCCCAGACCUUCAGUCCCUGCGCUACGCCCUGUCUCUCUACACGCAGGCCACGGACCUGCUCAUUAAGACCUUCGUGCAGACACAGGCAGCCCAGGGCUCUGGUGUGGAAGACCCUGUAGGGGAAGUCUCCCUCCACGUUGAGCUCUUCACUCAUCCAGGAACUGGUGAACACAAGGUCACAGUGAAAGUGGUGGCUGCCAAUGACCUCAAGUGGCAGACUUCUGGCAUUUUCCGUCCAUUCAUUGAGGUCAACAUCAUUGGGCCCCAUCUCAGUGACAAGAAACGCAAGUUUGCAACCAAAUCCAAGAACAACAGCUGGGCUCCCAAGUACAAUGAGAGCUUCCAGUUCACGCUGAGUGCGGAAGCGGGCCCCGAGUGCUACGAGCUGCAGGUGUGCGUCAAAGACUACUGCUUUGCUCGUGAGGAUCGCACAGUGGGGCUGGCCGUGCUGCAGUUACGUGAGCUGGUCCAGCGCGGGAGCGCCGCUUGCUGGUUGCCCCUCGGCCGCCGCAUCCACAUGGACGACACGGGCCUCACGGUGCUGCGUAUCCUGUCGCAGCGCAGCAACGACGAGGUAGCCAAGGAGUUCGUCAAGCUCAAAUCAGACACGCGCUCCGCGGAGGAAGGCGGUGCUGCGCCGGCGCCCUAGCGCUGGGGGCGCGGGUGGGCAGCACUGCGCCUGUGCAGGGAAGGCGGGGUGGGACCUUUCUGAGUGCAAGUCUGGGGGUUCUGCGCCGAGGGCGGUCUGCGCCUGCGCCCUUGGCUUAACUUCCUGCUCUGGGGAAUUGUGAACGGGAGAUGCCCCACCCCCUCGGAAGGCCACGCCCUAGGGCGCGGGGUAGGAAAAAGCCACCUCGUCUCCCGGAAGCAACGGCCGCAGCGCCUACGCGGCCUUUCGAGCUAGGAUGGGAGAGUCCCACCCCUUAUGGAGGAAGCCAGGUCCCUCGGCUCUGGUCCCCUGCCUCCUGUCCCAUGGAAAAGCCAUAAGACGGGUCCCCAAGCCCUGGGGCCCAAGACCAAUUGCCAAGUAUGGAACUCUAAGCUCCCUCGAGGGGCGGGCCCUGGGCUAGUUGUGGGUGGUCUGGGGUGGUCUUAGGGACUGGAGGGACUAGGAUGGUGGCUGGAGGGCCUCGGACCCGAGCCUCUUUUUAUGUUCGUGCAAAAAACAAACGGGAAGAGGGCCUAAGAUGGGAUUACAAAAGCACAUGCGCCCUAGGGCGCCCAAACCCUGGGGGCCCAGGGAACGGCUCUGGGGCUCCUGCAUUAACCUAUGGGGUGUUGUUUUUUUUUUUUGCCUCAAUCCCACCUGACCAUGCCUAAUCCUCAUAUCAUAGAGUUCAACCCACCCAGUUGACAGAUGGCAAAACUGAGGCCCCUAGGUUUGCUGUGGGUCCCAGUGCCAUGCCUUGUCCCCACUCCCUUUGGCCUGUGUGCCACAUCUGAGGAUGGGCUGAGACUGGGUGACGGGACAGUGCUCCCAAUUGCUGCUAACCCCCUACAGGGGACUUGCCCCGACCAUACAAGAGAUGGGGGGCCUUGGGCCAACUCUUGACCUCCUGCCAACAAUAAGUGAGGAUUUCGGAUUCCUUGGACCCACCCCCACCCCCGACUUCUACUUCCUCUCCCAGAAGUCUCCAGACAGGAAAGAACAGAAAGAGACCAGAAACUCCAGAGGGGGAAGAUGUGGGGUUCCCCAACACCACCCCAGGCAUGUGCUUUGGAAAUUUCCUCCCUCUUUUCCGUGGGAACUCUUUCUCAUCCCUCAAAACUCACCACAAGUAUCUCCUGUAGAAAAUUGUCACUGCUCCCCUCAGGGCUUCCCCACUCUCUGUCCCAGAAGCCAUGGGACUGGAGGCAUCUGUGACAGCCUCUGUUUUCCUCCAACUUCAGUCUGAGGCCUCUGAAGGCCCACACAGGCUGAGCACAGAGAAGACACAGAGGGUAUGGCUAGGUGAAUUAUGCCGUGGGGGACAUCUCUGUGAGCACACCUCCGCAUGUGUAUCUGUCCAUGACCAUCCCUGUCAGCCUUCCCUUCCCACACAGAUCUGGGCACAAAGGAGGUAUUCCAGCCACACUGUGGCAGAGUCACAAGAUAGAGAGGAGAGAGGACAUGGAAGAGACAGGAGAGGAAUCCAAGGAGCUGGAAGGAUUUGAAAUCAGGAAGUUUCUGUGUUGGAACAGCAAGGCUCAAAGAGAAGCAGCACUUUCCCUAAGCCUGCCCGGCAAGUGUAUGCCAUGCCCGACCUGGGAUAACACCGCUAGGCUUUCACCUCACCUGGGGUGGCCAGGGUUCUGAACCCUGGUGGACUCGUGGGGUCUCAGGGUUGCAGUGGGCCUUGAUUCCUGUGAGGAGCUGGCCCCAGUUUUCCAUGAGUCAGGAAAAGGAUGAAGUAGAGUGGGCCCCUGAUGAGGUGGAGGAGUGUGACAUUGAGGAACAUCUUCGACAGAGCCAGUCCCCUCCCCAGGAGGGUCAGAGACAGAGUAAGCACACCAACAAAAAGAGAAGGAGGGAGAGAGAAGAUACAAAAUCGGGAGAGUACGAUCACACCCCAGUGGGAACAGAGACCAUGAGAUGGAGAGAGAGACUCAGAGAUGGAGAGAGACAAGAGAAAUGGCAAAAUUGGGGACCUAGAAGGAAGAGAGACCCACUCUUCUGGCUGUCACUAGUCUCAUCUAAAAGGGUUUACCCAAAAUGUGGAGUUUUCUGGCCAUGUCCCCAAUCCCUCUGACCCAGACACCAGAGCCUGAAACCUCACCACACCCCCAGCAGAGAUGCAAAAAAUACUUAACACCCAACUAGAAAUCCUUGGAACCUCAGAGACCUUACUGUCCCUGACCCCUACCCCUUGCACUGUCCACUUUGCGCUGUCCAUCUUACAGAUGGGGACACUGAGGGAGGGGCAGAGUAGGGACAUCCUGGAGUCACCCCAGACUCUGCUGUCCAGGUGCAGAGGAAGGGGAGCUCUCUGGGGACUUGGUUUGUAUCACCACCCCAUCUGUUCCCUGAACAUUCCCUCCUAUGAACUGUUAAGGACCAAAGUCGUCUUUGCUGACAUGUGUUGCUUUUCUCUUUGCCUUUUUCUUUUCUUUUUUUUUUUUUUUAAGAAAGAAAUCAAGUUGAUGGUGUUGAGUAAGACCCAUUCCCACCCCCUCACCACUACCCAGCCAUAGUGGCUCUUUUGAGGCACAGGGCUGGGGCGGCAGGUUCCCAGGCAUCCUCAGCCGCACCUCGGGGUGGGGGUGGGCUCAGACCCCACCCCUGGCCCUGCCCCUCUGACCUUGAACCCUGCCACCCAGUCCAGGAGGUUCUUCCUCUACAUACCUUUCUCUUAGCAUGUGACUGCAAAUGUGAAGUCAAAACACUGUUUUAAUUCCAUCCCGUUGGUCCAGCAUCUGCACAGGUGCCCCCAUUUCUCUGUAAAUAUGUGACUUGGAACAAAUGUUUAAAACCACGAAAAGUGAUCAUGAAUGCAUGAUGUUGACAUGUUUUGCACUAUUCUGACUUUUUGGUCUCUGUAAAAAUAUUUUAUUAACAGCAAACAUUAAAAAAAAAAAGUACCCAGCUUCA